UCCAUUUAAAAGUUUGUAAUAAAUUUGUACAGUUAGUUAUCCAUCAUACAGCAUUGUGUAUUUUGUAAUAAUUAAUUUUCAGACAUUCUCAUUUAAGAUUUAAGGCAAAAAAGAUUGUUCUUCGCAUUGUUUGAAUAUUUACGAAAAUGAACGCGGCUAACCAGAUGAGGCUCAAAUUCUUGUUUCAUUGCUUUGGAAACCUCUUCGUAACUGGCACCAAUGCAAAGGGAAUUCUUAGAGUAAUUACCUUGAACGAUUCGGUUAUCAAAAGAAUCAAAGUUGGCAUUGUUGGGAAAAUCAUCAUAGAAUCUGAUGAAAAUGACAACCAUUCGACCAUCGAAAAAGUCUUCUACGAGAGUGAUAUACAUGAGUUUCACUCCCCUGAUUUGAUCAACAGUGAGUACGACGAACAGCUCUUAGAGUUCUCUGUCCCGUUGGACAGCAAUCUGCCCCCGUCAGUCAUGUUGAAACAAGGAGGUAUAAUCUACUAUCUCUACGCUUCCAUGGAGGAAACAUUCCAAGACGAGAUCCCUCAGAACAUCAACACUGAAGCAAAUAUUUCGGUUGUAAACAUCGUUGACUGCAAUACCAUUCCUAAAGCUGCCAGGGACAAGUCUAUCGCCAAUGCACCAGUGAAGAUGUGCAUGUGUCUGACGUCUGAUGAGAACUCCAGUUCUCUGCAGGUCUCUCCUCGCUCGUGUGUUCCGGGAGACUGCCUCAAGAUAAACGCAGUCGUGUUCAACUCAAGGCCUUACCCAUUGUGUUUCGUACAGGCAGCUCUUGUACAGAAAAUCAAGUUGAAGUUUGAGAACUACAGCGUGAAAACGAAUCGAGUGGUGUCAGAGACGAAACGCGGCUGUGUGAUGCAACAAAGAGACCAAACGUGGCAUCAAGAGUUGCUGCGUGUACCUCCACUGCCUCCCACCACUUACCACAAGUAUCUCGACGUCACGUACAAGCUGCAGCUGCGAGUUCCUGAGAGACAGAACUUCAACGAUACCUCAGUGCUGCUGACAGUCCCGGUGGUGAUCGGCAGCAUUCCGUUGGAGGAGUCCUUGGUUCACCUCAGCCCGCUUCCGGGAUGUGAAUCUUUCGGCAACAAUAUGCUUCCGAUACCGAAACCCUAUCAAGAGUUUGCCAGAGCUGAUCGUUGUAUCCAGGCUGACGAAGGACUCAAGUAUGUGCCUUCUUACAUCACUUACCUGUCAGAUAGAGCCAUGGACAACGUAGAUCUUGAAACCUCCACGCCCGUCUAGUCAUGCAAAAGCUUUACGUAACAAGUGCCUUUCCAGUUCACUCUAGCUUUGUACAUGGUUGACGGCACAGCCUGAUUGACGCCAAAGCUGUUUUUAUCGCGAUAUUUCAGUGUGCAAAUCGCAAGUACAUUCGUUACUUGGGUCACAUCACAGUUAACUAGUUGUAAGAAAUGUUUUGUUCUGAUAUUCUUAGAAAGGUAUACAUUACCUUGCCUUGUUUAUUUCAUGUUUUCAUUUGUGUUGUUUAACUAAGUUUUCCGAGUACUUAGGUUUGUACUUUUCAACGUUUGUUUUACCAUAUUGAUAUUGUGCUAUUGGGUAAAAUAGCAUUAUUUUGUUUGAGAGAUGUUUUCCAGAGUUGUAGAUCUGAACAGCCUAAUAGUUUUUUUUAUAUAAAUGUUGCAUUACGCACAUAUUUAGUAUGGAUCUGACAAAUUGUAUUUGAAUGUAAAAUGACCUUAUUUGUAAGCCAAAUUGUCCAUAAACAGAUAUCAUUUGGAUUGUAACAGACUUAGGUGCUACAACGAACAAUAAUAUUUUAAUAUGUUGUAAUUUUAUGCUACCCCAAAUUGCCAAAUGAGACAAUCAUUGAACAGUAUUCCAUGCGCAACACGCUUCCUUAUUGUUAUGGGCAAUUAUGUGCAAUGUUAUAGAUUUGUGACCAGUUUAUUUAAUGUGACACAAUAAUUUUUCACUGGAGAUAUGUUAAAUAAUUUUCAAAUUAUUUAGUAGGGCAAGUUACUUUAGGGAUCUGAUUAAUUUAUAAAAAUGUAAAAUGACUUGAAUCUUCCAAUUGUCUGUAAACAGUUCUCAUAGAUGCAACAACGAACAAUAUAUUUUAAUAUUAUAGUUUUAUAUGUUACCACAACUUGCCAAAUGAGACAGAUAUUAUAUUCUUUUAAAAAAGCGCUUCCUAAUUUUCAUGUAAUGUGCAAUGUUAUACUUCUGUGCCAAGUUUA